AUGGCCAACGAAAUCUCAAAACCUACGAGUCCAUGGUCACAAGUCAUGCACAUUGCUGAACGUGUGUUGACCGAUCGUCGUCUCAUUGUCCUCAAGAACAUUGUCUUUAUCCUGGUGCUUCUCAACUACUGGUCAUACUUUUAUGCCAAGUUUGCUGUUGGUGGUCCUGUUCGUGCUUUCAAGGAUUUGCAUCUUUAUGUGAAGCGAGCUAUUUUCAAGCAAUUGCGUCGAUUGCCUUCAGUCCAAGCCAAGAUUGAUAGCGAGCUUAGCAAGACUCUUAAGGAUAUGGAGCAUUCAAUGUUUUCCCGUGAAGGUGAAAAUGUGGUUCGUCAACUCACAUUACCCAAGCAUGGCCUUACCGAGGAACAGGUGAUGGAACAGCUGAAAAUAUUCGAAAAGAUGCGUGGCAAGGAUUGGAAAGGUGGCCGUGUGUCUGGUACAGUGUACCAUGGUGGACAAGAUUUGACCAAUCUAUUGGCAGAGGCUUAUCGUAUGUAUGCCAUUUCCAACCCCUUGCAUCCGGAGGUAUUUCCUGGUGUCCGUCGGAUGGAGGCUGAAAGUGUCCAAAUGGUCUUGAAUAUGUAUAAUGCGCCCACUGACGGAUGUGGUACAAUGACAAGUGGUGGUACCGAAAGUAUUAUCAUGGCGUGCAAGGCAUAUCGUGACAUGUACAAGGAUUUGAAGGGUAUCAAAUAUCCUGAAAUGGUGGUCCCUGACACAAUCCAUGCAGCCUUUAUGAAAGCAUCAGGCUACUUUAACAUCAAGCUUAUCAUGGUUCCUGUCGACCCAGUCACUUGCCAAGUGGAUUUGAAAAAGAUGGCCAGAGCUAUUACUCGAAACACCAUCAUGAUUGCUGGUUCGGCUGUCAAUUAUCCUCAUGGUACCGCUGAUGAUAUCGUGGCCCUAGGCAAACUUGCCAAGAAGCACAACAUUGGAUUGCAUGUGGAUUGUUGUCUUGGAAGCUUCAUCAUGCCCUUCCUUGAAAAGGCUGGUCUGCCAACCAUUCCGUUCGACUUUAGAGUUGAUGGUGUCACCUCGAUCUCGUGCGACACGCACAAGUAUGGUUUUGCUCCCAAGGGUUCAUCCAUUGUCAUGUACAGAGAUAAGAAGAUCCGCAAAUACCAAUACUUUUUGUGCUCUGAUUGGACAGGUGGUAUUUAUGCAUCACCCAGUGUGGCUGGUUCAAGACCUGGUGCAUUGAUUGCUGGCUGUUGGACUGCGCUCAUGAGAAUUGGUGAGGAAGGUUAUUUGGAUUCAUGCAAGAAGAUCGUGGGUGCCCGACAAACCAUUGAAGAUGCCGUUCGUUCAAUCCCUCAGUUGACAGUCAAGGGUAAUCCAAUUGGUCCAGUGAUUGCAUUUGGUGCAAAGGAGCCCCUCAAUAUUUAUGACAUUGGUGACAUGCUUGGUGAACGUGGUUGGGAUGUUAGUGCAUUACAAAAUCCAGCAGCUUUGCAUAUCUCUGUUACGUUGCCCUGGGUGCCAAGUGCAGGUGAAUUCGCAAAGGAUCUCAAAGAAAUUGUUACGGAGCUGGUGGCCGAUCCCUCAAAAUCCAAAGGAAGCACAGCCGCCAUUUAUGGUACAGCAGCAUCCAUACCUGACAAAUCCAUCAUUGAAGAUGUUGCUGCUGGCUUCAUUGACCUGCUCUACAAGGCCUAA